CAGAAGCCCGAGCAGCCGCGGCCGCAGUGGAGGCCGGAGCCCGAGCGGCGGCGGCGGCGUUGGCACCGCGGGAGGGAGUCUAAGAUGGCGGCGGGGGGGUCGGCCGGCCUGCGGGAGGAGCAGCGCUACGGGCUGUCGUGCGGGCGCCCGGGGCGGCAGGACCGCGUCACGGUGCUGCACGUCAAGCUCACCGAGACGGCGCUCCGGGCGCUCGAGACCUACCAGCGCCACAAGAAUUUAACUCCUUUCCGACCUUCGAUUCAGUUUCAAGGGCUCCAAGGGCUUGUCAAAAUACCCAAAAAUGACCCUUCCAAUGAAGUGCAUACCUUUAAUUUCUACUUGUCAAAUGUGGGUAAAGACAACCCUCAAGGCAGCUUCGACUGCAUCCAGCAAACAUUCUCUAGCUCUGGAGCAUCUCAGCUCAAUUGCCUGGGAUUUAUACAAGAUAAAAUUACAGUGUGUGCAACAAAUGACUCAUAUCAGGUGACCCGAGAAAGAAUGACCCAGGCAGAAGAGGAAUCCCGCAACCGAAGCACAAAAGUUAUCAAACCCGGUGGACCAUAUGUAGGGAAAAGAGUGCAGAUUCGGAAGGCACCUCAAGCUGUUUCAGAUGCAGUGCCAGAAAGGAAGAGGUCAACCCCCAUGAACCCCGCAAACACGAUUCGAAAGAUGCACAGCAGCAGCAGUGUUUCCCAGAGGCCUUAUAGGGACAGGGUGAUCCACUUACUGGCACUGAAGGCCUACAAGAAACCGGAGUUACUGGCACGACUGCAGAAAGAUGGUGUCAAUCAAAAAGACAAGAACUCCCUAGGAGCAAUUCUGCAACAGGUAGCCAAUCUGAACCCUAAGGACCUCUCCUAUACCUUAAAGGAUUAUGUGUUUAAAGAGCUUCAGAGAGAUUGGCCAGGAUACAGUGAAUUAGACAGACGCACAUUAGAGUCAACACUUUCUAGAAAACUAAAUCCAUCUCAGAAUGCUGCCAGCACCAGCUGCUCAGAAUCUCCUGUGUGUUCCAGUAGAGACACUGCAUCUUCUCCUCAGAAACGGUCCCUAGAUUCAGAUUUCAUUGACCCUUUGAUGAGUAAGAAAGCUCGGAUCUCUCACCUGACAAACAGAGUGCCACCAACGCUGAAUGGCCACUUGAAUCCCACCAGUGAGAAGUUGGCUGCGGGACUUCCGCCACCCCCUGCAGCUGCUGCUAUUCCCAGCCCCCCACCACUGCCUUCUACCCACCUGCCCGUCUCUAACCCUCCCCAGACUGUCAACUCCAACUCCAAUUCCCCCAGCACUCCAGAAGGCCGGGGGACUCAAGACCUGCCACUUGACAGUUUUAGUCAAAACGGUAGUAUCUAUGAGGACCAGCAAGACAAAUAUACCUCUAGGACUUCUCUGGAAAACUUAGCCCCUGGUUCUGAUCUCCUCAAGUGUCCAAAGCCUAUGGAAGAAAAUCAUUCAUCGUCUCACAAGAAGUCCAAAAAGAAGUCUAAAAAACACAAGGAAAAGGACCAAAUGAAAAAGCAUGACAUUGAGACCAUCGAGGAAACAGAAGAGGACCCGGAAAGAGAAGAGGAAAUUGCCAAGCUCAGCAAUGCCAGUCCAGACUCCAGUGAAGGAGUUAAAGAGGAUCUUACUGCCUCCACAGAACCUUCUUCGACCAUCGAACUCCCAGAUUACUUGAUAAAAUAUAUCGCUAUUGUCUCCUAUGAGCAAAGGCAGAAUUACAAGAACGACUUCAAUGCAGAGUAUGAUGAAUACCGGGCCUUGCAUGCCAGGAUGGAGACUGUAGCCAGGAGAUUCAUCAAACUGGACGCGCAGCGAAAACGCCUUUCUCCAGGUUCGAAAGAGUAUCAGAACGUUCACGAAGAAGUCUUACAAGAAUAUAAGAAGAUUAAGCAGUCGAGUCCCAAUUACCAUGAAGAAAAAUACAGAUGCGAGUAUCUUUAUAACAAGCUGGCUCACAUCAAAAGACUAAUAAGUGAAUUUGACCAGCAGCAAGCAGAGACACGGCACUAGAGCCCCGCUCGGACCAGAAGAUGUGAAUGAACUUAUGCUUAUUUAUUUAGAAUUCCAAAUGAGUUGCUCUAAGAUUCUAAAAAGUGAAACUUUACCUGUUAAAAGUUUCAGUAUUAGUAAACUUGAGUUACUUCUCUUUUUCCUUUUUCCAUUGUACUUUGCUUCCUUGUAUUUUUGAAGCUGCUUUUUGGGACCCUUCCUAUCCCAUCUUCUCCCCUCCCACACCUACUGUGGUUGUCAGUGGAAAUCAUUUCUUUAUUUGAUACUGGUAUGAGUACAGUAUCUAGAGUUCAGAUCAGCUUUUUCUUUAAAAACUGUGCUUGUCAUAAAGUGAUUUUUUUUAAGGAUAUUGGGAAUCCAAUAUCCACACUUCAAAGUCAUGUGUGUUUAAAAAAAAAAAAAACAAAAAAAGAAACAAACCAGUAAUGUGCAAAGUGAAGUGCUUUUGGAUAUACAUAAGCCUAUUUUCUGACGUUUCUUAAUGCAAACUCUUUGCCUUAAAUGGUAGAAUAUUUAGAAAUUUGCACAAAAUACAAAAAAAAAAUGAAAACAUUGUUUUGGAGGGUUACGAAAUAGAAAUGUGUGAGAGUGUCUGUGUGUGGAUGCACACGCACCAAAGUCUGUGCAGGCUGACUUGAUCGAGGACGAUGAAUCCACCCUGCAGGUUAACCCCCAUUGCAAUGGAUGCCUUAAGGUGUUUGCUAGUCAUGUACAUAGUGUGGUUGAUCAUUAGCUACACUGCUUCCCACUGAUUCAGGCAGUGGGUACACACCAUGGCCUACCAGCGUCUCAGCGUGUCCCCAACCUGUGUGUGUGUGCGGAGGUGGUGUGGGUGUGAGUAUGCGUGAAGGAAAACAAGCUGCUACUCUCAGUAGGCCAAACGCUCAGGUUAAACAACUGACGAGUGUUACUGUAGGUUGUAUUGUUGUCAUUGUCAAUUGUUUCUGUCCAAGAGCUACUUCUACUGUGGAAGACAAAAAAAGCAUUUCCAUUUCAACAGUUUGUCAGCUUUAUUCAUGUUGGGUGAAACUGAUGUUAUAAAAAUGAAACAGAUCUAUAGUUUUGGGGCAAAAUUAUAAGAUGAAGCGUGUAGGUGAACCUAUUUAUAUACUGCUAUAAAGUAUUUUUUGAAGAGAGAUAUGCAAAGAAGCUAUUACCUACAUUAAAUGUAUAUUUAAAGUUUUUUUUUUUUCAUCCUGGGUGCCAGGAAUAUAAGAAAAGAACGGAUAUAUGUAACCAUAACAUACUGUGAUUCAUCAAACAGCACAAACUUUCAUUUCCUGAAGUUUAUCUGUUGACAUUGAUUUGAACUAUCGCUUGUUUUAUCAUGUGGGAACAUAAGUUAUACGGUCAAAAUGUGUGGACUUUGAGCUGAUGUUGAUCCAAGUUGUGUUGUAUCACCGUGUUGUCUUUUCCAAAGUGCUGCCAGUUAAAAAGGGAAGCAUUUAUGUUUACAAAUCUGUUCUGAAAUGUUUGCCAAAAUUUUGGUAGUAUCUUUAAUAAAGAUGUUUGUCUCCAGCAUCCAAAAAUAAAUAAA